AUGUCAGCGACACCUUUCCAAACCCCUCCCCCACGCCAAAAACCAAAACGACUUCCAAAAAAGCGAAAGAGACCAGAUACCAACGCCUUGCGUGCAGCCGCAGCUCAGCUAGACCAUAUCAACAGCCUGUCGGCUAAGUUUAAGGUUCCCGCCUUUGUGGAACUGCUCUCAGACAAUGAUGAUGGUCAAGAGUCAGAAGACAUUUUGGAAGCUGAGUACCAGGAGGACGCAAAGUCGAAAGGGAUCAAAAUGCUGAAAAGAAGGGGAGGAGACAAAUAUAGCACUCCGAUGCACUUUCAGGAAUUCAGCGCCACCCAAGCGUCCAACAUGAGCGAAUCGAAUAGAGCAAGACUGCCGAGAAAGCAUGCUCGACGUCAUUCCUUCAUCUCCUACUCUAGCUCCGAAAGUGAGGGUAAGCUACUUAUUCCAUCUCAGCCUAUCUCAAAAAUUCCCUGCUCACCAUUUCUCCAAGAAAGCCCCAGACCUCCCCGCCGUCAUGCCGCAAAAGCUCCCCGCCGUGCCCCCAAACCUCCAAACCCCAGCACCAUCCAAGCCAGAAGCAUCAAUUCCCCCUCCAACUCAGACACAGUGCACCGCCCGGCAUCCAAAAAGCGGCGAACAUCAUCUCAGAAACUUCUGGAGGAGAUUCAAGACCUCGCCAUCGACAUGCAAGGCUGGGACCGGUCCUACACACCAGACACAAAGCGCAUAACGCGUAGCCAGCGCUCUGCAACACGACAGGAAAGUAGCGCGCCAGUACAAUUAGCUAGGACCGCGCGAAGAACAAGAUUCUGGCUGGAUUCCGAGUCCCCUGUGCGUUCUAGGGGGGGGAGUAGUUCCGCAGAUGACACAGCAGCAUAUGGUGGUACGGUAAAAGAAGAAUUUGAAGCUCGCUCGAAGACGAAAGAGGAGACAGGAAUAUAUACUGAAGCCUUUUACAUGCCACAAACAAGCCACUGUGGAAUUUUCUCCGGUCCCUCCUCCCCAGCAGACGAAACACUCGACGCCCAGCUCCUCCAACGUAUCACGCAGCGCAUGCGCGAUCCACACGAUAUCAUACAUGCUGGGUGCGACAUCGCCAUGCCCAGCAUCGAAGUCGAAGAAAAUGAAAUUUUGGGAUGUUGA